GUAAAUAAAUAAAAUUCUAAAUUCAGUACCAAAUUCAGUUUUUUUUCAACAUUUUAUACGUUUGAGUUAGCUUAACCUUUAGCUUCCAAAUGGAAAUAUGAUGUGAAUAAACGUUCCGAUUCUUAUAAAAUAUAAUUAGAUAGACCUAAUUUCAAAUAUAUAGGCUUCUACAUUGGAUAAUUAUAAGUUUUCUAAAUGAGCAGACAACGCCAAGUUUUUCGGUGUCUCUCUCACCAGAGUCACCACUGCCACUACCACACUAGUCAAUUUAUUUUAGGUCUAAAGAAUUUAAAGUUAGUUAUCUUGCUUUUAGCUAUACACGUAAACUUUUUAUUAUCAAGUGAAGAUAGAGAUGACACAAACAGCUAUGAACCUGACUCCAAAUUUAAAGUAGUUGUGGAAGAAGCGAAAGCCCCUAGGUAAAUUUACUUCUUCUAUUUCUAUCAAGGAAUACUUUCACUUUGAUAACAAACAUAUAUAAUAUAAUAGUUAUUAAGCUAGUUACUUUGCACAUUGUUAUUAGUCACUUACUUAUUCAGUCUAUUGCAGCAGUUCUUAAACCAUGGUGUUUCAGGGGCUCAUAAGAGUUUGAUAUAAUUAAACUUUAUAAAGAAAUAAAGACAAAUCUAUGAAAGGAAAUCUUUUUGUGUUUUUUUUCUUUGUGGGAGUGGGGGAUGGUAGUGGUGGUGGAGUCCUAAUUAUAGUAUUGAUAAAAAUGAUAUGACAUGGCAUGAGGCUAUGAGCCCGUGGCCGUGGUAUAAUUGGGUUGCCCAGGGAUCUGUUUGUAAUUUUUCUAUGUGCACUUGCGCAAUAAUUUGGAUAUUUUCAAUUUGUGCUAUUUUGCUGUUUACACACCAUUGUCAACAGAUUGCAACAUAAUAUAAUAAUUAUUGAUUUUUGUUUAUAAUUGUGGUGUAAAGAAUGUAACACCUACAGCUGAGACUAGGCACGGAAAGGGACAGGCGAUGGUCAUCAACAAACGUAUCUAAAUGUUACAAUUAAGUAACUAUUUGCCUCCUCUUGUAAGCUAGUAGGGACAUUACUCUCCUAUCUUCAUUCAAGAACAUAAGUAACAGCACUGCUGUCUAUACAGUUAAAAGCCAAAUCAGAAGGGAAAAAACUGACAACUUGAAAAAAUCCCUAUUACUAUUAAAUUUAACUCAAUUCGAUCCCUUUUCAUCCUGAAUUAUCAUUAGUCAGCAUUUAUCUCUGUCCAUCAUCUACCACUGCCAAACAUGGGCCUCUUAAAAACACCCCAAAAAUCUAUUUCAUAGUAAAUUGAUAAUAGUUUUAAUUACAAAGUAAUAUAGGUAUAAUAUAAUCCAUCCAACUGAAAAUAAAGAUUAUGAUAAUUUGUGUGGAAGCUGCUCUUGAAUAAAUUUAAAAGAUACCAGUUACUCAAAUACCUGAAUGGGGUCUUAAUGGGGUGAGACAAGUAUGUGAUGUAUCCUCAGAAAAACAAUGACAGGAUAAUAUUUUCUGAUAAAACAAAGAAAUUAAUAAAUAUUACUAAGAUAUUGCACCUUUGCUUGCUUUUCAGAUUUUACUUGUGUAAAUACAUUUUCUAUAACUUAUAAUAGCUUUAAUAAUACUAUUGUGUAAACAUAAUGUCAAUAAUUCAAUGUGAAUUUUCUCAAAAGCUUUCUGUUUCAUUUUUUGUAACAACAAAAAACCCAUUAAAAGUUGCCAAGAAGGCAUGCAUUUUGGCAUUGAUUCCUCUUAUAAGUAUAUCCCAGUAAGGAUGUGAAUUAAGAGGCAUUAUUUGACCUCUGGUACUGGAAAAAAUAGAACUGCAUUCAUGAAUAACAAAAAAACAACAAAUUUUUUUUUUUUCAAACAGAUAUCUCUUGUAUGAUGUAAACCCAGGAGAAGGAUUCAAUCUGAGACGAGAUGUCUAUAUGCGAAUAGCUGUUCUAGUGCAGAACUUGAAUGAUGCUGCCCCAUGGAUAUUAGUACUACCACCUUGGAGUCGCCUCUAUCACUGGAAAUCACAAGAUGUUGGCUCACAAGAUAUGAUUCCUUGGUCUACAUUUUUUGAUCUUCCAAGUUUGAGAAAAUUUGUUCCUGUUAUGGAGUUUGAGGAUUUUUUAAAAAGUUAGUGUUUUUUAAGGGAAAACACGAGAAAUAUAGGUCCUAAUUUUGAUUGCGUGGUUUAUGACAUGAAACAUGACCCAAAAAAACAUUGAUUCUGUCUCUUUAUUUUUUUGCUGUUUUAUUUAUAAUUGUCAUCAAUGGAUAUUAAUCUAUAUAUAUUAUCUUUUUCUAUAUCUCAAAUUAUCAUUUAUAUUGAAAAUUAUGAAUUAAAAAUCAUCAUUUUUGAAAUCUUUACUUUACAAUUUGAAUUAACUCUUUUAUAUUCCAUUUAUAAUACAGCAGAUAAGAGGAAAUUAAUAUUUUUUCAAAAUACCAUGUCAGUUAAUUCAUUUAGGCUGAGAUAUUAAUUUUUUGGAGGUUUAGAGGUUACAAAAUAAAUUUAAUGUCAUAGUAGUUAAAUUAUAAUAUAUCAUUAAUUUUGUAUGUGAAUUUGAUCAAACCAUUUGAGAGUAUCUUCUGAACUAUAACCUUCUUAUUCUGAUAGUUUAAGGUCAAUAUUCCUUAUAUUAUUGCUAAUUAAAUUAUUUAUCAAGCAUUAUCAUUUGUGUUACAGUAAACAGAGAGCCAGUGAUUGAUGAACUUUAUUAUCUUCAGAACUACAAAGAAGGCUGGGACAAGUGGGAAGAAAAAAUGGAUAAAAGGCCAUGCAUAAUGAAUCCUUAUAAUUUUGUGAGAAAUUAAGCACAAAGUGCAAUUUAAUGUUUAGCCUACAAUUCUUUUAUUUGGUUCAGGUUUCAUCUAACUAUGAGGUUAGAAAAUUGUUAUGGAAUAAUUGAAUAAAGUAUUAUUGCUAUAGUAGUUGUAAAAUAAUAAUAUUUGAAAGAAUUACAUUAAUUUUAAUAUAAAACUAAAUAUCAUUUGUAAGUGUUUAUUUAAAAGAGCUUUGAUAAUAAAAUUUAAAAUAAUGAGUCUAAACAUUUAAAAAUGAUAUUGAAAUAUUGUUCUAAAAAAUUUUGUUACAUCUUAUUCCUGCAUUAUUAUUUUUAGGUUUGUAAGCAAAUAAUUAUCAUUUCAAUUACAGGAUUCCAAAAACAAACUGUGGUAUGGCUGGUUUUUUGGUUACAAUGAUGAAGUGGCAGCACGGAAGUUUGAGUGUAUAUCUGUGAUGGGACAUGCCAGCAUUUUUAAGCCUUUUCUCUUGACCAAUACCUCUGCCAGGUAAAUAAAUUUAUGUAUUAUAAAUUUUGUAGCCUAAGAGUUAAGGGUCCCUUAAAUGUUUUUCUUAAUAUAUGUAAAACAUCAAGACAUUAUCUAUAUUUUUUGCUGUGCAUUCACUAUUAAGGUCAGUGAUGCUAGACAGAGCAGAAACUGUGUUACAUGACCGUUAUGGAGACUCUGUGUUUUGGAAGGUAUGUAGCCUUCAAUUCAACCUGACUUAUCUACUAUAUGAAGCUCAGUGUGACUAUAUUUGUUUAUUUGUAUGCAUUUUAAUUUGCUACUUGAUAACAAAGGAUCCACACCAUGGUUCGCAAUCAAAUUUUACAUGGUCCUACUUCCUGACCAACACAUGGUUUCAGGAAAGUUUUGUCAAAAUCCCUUCUAAAAAGCUGUAUUUAAAAAUUAUUUCAAUGUAUAAAGUCCAAAAAAAUAUUGCAAUGUACAGAGCAGGGGUCUCCAAACUUUUCAGCCCGAGUGCCGCAUUAACUAUCGAACAGUAGUUCGCGGGCAGACUGCACACUCGAGCAGGGUUUCUUUCAGCAUUAUCUCGGGGGAGGGGGGGGGAGCCAAGUGCCCCCCGAAGCAAAAAUAUUUCCAAUUAUGAAAUUUCUGAAAUAAUCACUGCACUCGAGGUACAAAUAAAAAAGAAUCAAAACAUGGGUGUUGUUUUUAAUUAUUUAUAUAAUAUUAUUUCAUUCAGUUAAUGACCUCCAGCUGCAGUCCUUCUGGGCAACUGGCCACAUCUGUUUCAAAUGGGUUUUGAAAAAGUCUCACUUCUUCUGCCUUUAAAUCAAGGUCAGAAAACCGCUGCUGAAAAUGCAGCUGAAGGUCUUUGAUGAUCUCGCAUGCAAAUAACGUGGGGAACUCCGCUGUUGCUUCUGCCAUGAAGACCGUCCACUGCUAAAAGAGAGUAAAGUUGUUGGCCUGUACUUGUUCCAAAAACAAGACGAGUUUGGAUCUGAAGGCCUUUAAAAGGUGUAUAGAUCUUGUGUUAUGUUCAUGUCUUCAACAACACUCCUAACGAACACAAGCAGUUGAGAGGUGGAACAGCUGUCCAGAAAUUCAUCCAUUGUAAAUGAAAAUUGGUGAAACUUGCUUGCAUUUUUCGAUAUUUAAGUCACAAUGUUUUCACCCUUGUCUGCAACACAACGUGCAAAGCUCCGCCACUAAAUGGCGUUAUAUCAUGUCAUUUCAUUGACUGUGAACGAAAGUAGAAAAACUAAGCAUCGAAUAAGGUUUUGCAAAGUAAUGAUCGGUUAGAAAACAUAACGCACUAUUGCGUGGCUCUAUUUUAAUUUGGUAAAAAUAACGCCUACGUAAGCGGCGUCUGAUCAUGUCAGGAUACACGUACAUUUGCGCAAUUUUUUAUUCCGUUGACAAAAGGUAUCCGCGGGCCGCAUGAGAGAUCCUUGCGGGCCGCAUGCGGCCUGCGGCCCGUAGUUUGGAGACCCCUGGUAUAGAGUAAAGAGUAAAAAAAAAAUUCCAAUUUACGGAGUAAUGAGUAAAAAAAAUAUUGCAAUGUAUAGAGUAAAUAUUAACAAAAAAUACUCCAAUGUAUAGAGUAAAAAAAUAUUCCAAUGUAUAGAGUAAAAAGUAAAAAUAAUUUUUCCAAUGUAUAGAGUAAAGAGUAAAAAAAAAUUCCAAUGUACAGAGUACAGAGUAAAAAAAAUAUUCCAAUGUAUAGAGUAAAGAGUAAAAAAAAUUAUUUUCAAAUGACUUGAAAAUGCCACCCUAAAAAAAUCUGGGUUGUUCAGGAUAAGUUAUUUUUGGUGUAUGCAUUUUAAUAACAGCUUUUAUUAAGAAUAGUGCGCUUUUAAAUAUGUAUUAAUUAUUAGAUAGUUAUUGGUGCGCUUAUAUAUAUAUAUAUAUAUAAAUAUAAAAUCUGUCAAUACGGUUUCAAAUAUUCAUCCGUGUAUUUUACUGGUGUAAUAUUUUUCUACUAUUAUACAGGUGAAAAUUUGUCUCUUUUUACUCCAUAUGUUUCUACUUGGUUUAAUGGAUAUUGAUCAAACGUGGGAUAUGUAUUUAUUACACUUCAUUAUCCAGAAAAAAAUACUAACAGGGUUUGAAUUUUAAUAUCCUGUUUAAGGUUAGGGGCCCAAAUUUCAUUUUUUUUCUGAUAUGAGAUCUGUAAAUAAAAUGACAAUGAAUUGAUAAAUCUAUUGGUGCACAUGGACUUGAAAUUAUAUAUUGAAAAACUGGAGGGUUUUAAAGCCAUAACUGUCACCACUUUAUGGGCCAGAAGCCCUUAUUUCAUUUUAUCGUAAAUAAACUUUAUAAAUAACAGUAGGCGUAGAUAACAAAAAUAAAUGCUGAACGUGACUUGAUGGAUGUUGGCCAAAUUUGGGAGGCAUACCUUUAAUAUUCCAUAUUAAAAUAGUGUUGAAGUCUCUUAAAGGUCUACCUGAUGCAUUUGAUUUUUUCUUUUUUUUUAAAGGGUUUUCAGAUUAUAUAAAUAUCCUUUUAAUGUUUCUUAUGUUUCUAAAAGUCUCUAUGAUGUACCACACCCACAUCAAACUUAAUGACAUCAGAAUUAAAUUUUAUUUUUUAGUUCCAAGAAAAUUCUGAACGAAUGUAGGAAGUUCCAAAAUUUCUUUUCCUUAUAAUAGGCAAAGAUAUACACGCAGGCUUAGUUUACAAUGCAAGCGUCUAUGUAAACUGUUGUAUCUAUGCCAAACUUGGUAAACAUACAUACCUUCAUAACCCCUUUAAAAAUAUCUGUGGAUUUUAAAUUUAUAAUAUCCCAUCCUUUUUGUGCAGUGGGAGUGGGCCAAAUUUUGCAACCAAUUUUAAUGGGACAACUUUUAAGAUAAAGGUUGUUACUUGUCCAACCUUAAGUACUCACUCCUGUAAAAUAUUAAAGAUAAAGUCCUUUUGGCACCGGGGCCCACCAAUAGUAAAACUUUAAAAGGCAACAUCUUUGGCGAAUUCAAUACGAUUUUAAUGGGCUAAAUUUGAAAUUUAACUUGAAUAUUUAAAUGAAUAAUUUUGUAGAGUUCUAUCUAAUUGAUAAAUAAAUUGGCUUAUUUUAUAAUGGGUUUCUGUUCUUGAUCCUACUUUAUUUUAAUUCUUAAAUGGCCAUAGCUUUGGCAAUGGUGAAUACCUUUUUAAAUAAGACAUCUUUCAAAAGUUCGAUUGGUCUUGAAAUCAUGUUUUUACUUGAAAAAAGCCUGGCUAUUGACUGAAACAGGCAGGGCGCCAAAUUCAGUGUUUACAAGUGUUUUUAUUAAGCAGGGUUUUGUAAAUGAAAUUUUAGUGGCAGUUUAGUGAAGUGUUUUUGAUAGGGCCCUAUGUAGACGUGGAUUGUGAUAAUGUUUUAAAAGCAUUUCUGAAUGCAAACCUUAUUGAUGUGGGGUAUAUUGGAUAGUACACACAUAUAUAUAUAUAUAUAUAUAACAUCACACAACAUUCACAUGUACAACUUGUGUAUGGUUGAAUUAAAGGCUGAAAGAGAUAAAAUAUUUUCUAUCAUAAAGUAUCUUAAAACCUGUAUUAAUAUAUAACAUUACAUGACAAAAAGCUUCUAUCAAUUUCACCGAAAAGAAUUCAAGACAUGAAUUUCACAGAUCAGAUGUGAAUUAUCCAAAUUUUUCCAUAACAAAAUCUUAUCUUUAUUUGUCUAAGGGAAUUAAUUAAAAGUCAUUUGAAAGUAUUGAUGUCCACAUGAUGUUUUUAAGUAUAAACAAAUGAGUUAACGUGGUUUUUCUGUUAUGUUCCAGGUGAGAAGGAGUAUGCGAUUUUCGAAGCAGUUGCGAGACGUAGCCGAUGCCUACCGAAAGUUGCACUUGAACUCCACUGAUGAGGAAGAUAAGACCGUGUUGGAUGAUGACUGGAUCAACAUGAAGGUGAAGGCAAAAAAAACAUGAAGGGAAAGACAAAAAAAAAAAAAAAAAAAGAAAGAAAGAAAGAAAGAAAGAAAAAGAGAAACACGUUUAAUUGAGCAACAGUUUUUGAAUUAUAAAAGUAAUUUUGCGAAGAAAGAAAAUUUCACUGGCCUUAAAGCCCCAUAAAGCCAGACUUUCUGGUUUGCUUUUAUUAAUAUAAGUUAGUACCAAUAAUCAGUGACAUGAGACUUGUGUGUGUCUUGUGGUCACUGCUUUUUUUGCCUAAUGAAAGAACUCUUUAGAAAGAAACAUAGAUGUUUUCCUGUAUAUAAAAAGGGCAUGAUUCCUUUAUGUUUAAUAUUAAUUAGAUGAACCGGAUGUAUAUGCAGUUCUCUAUAGAUUUAUUGAUCAUUAUGCUAAAGUGUUAAACUGUGGGAUAGGGGUGUGGUCUGGAGACAUCUGAGAGAAAUGGUUCAUAUUAGAAUAAACACCUUUUGGGUAGGGAUGAAAGCAGGAGACAUCUGAGAGAAAUGGUUCAUAUUAGAAUAAACACCUUUUGGAUAGGGAUAAAAGCAGGAGACAUCUGAGAGAAAUGGUUCAUAUUAGAAUAAACACCUUUUGGGUAGGGAUGAAAGCAGGAGACAUCUGAGAGAAAUGGUUCAUAUUAGAAUAAACACCUUUUCUUUGUUUUUAUAUAUUUAUUUUCAACUUGGUUCAUUUCUGACCUCCCGACUUCAACUUUGGACUGUCUCAUUUUUAACUCUGACCUGCUUUAAACCAAACUGAACCCAUCUUACUUUGUAAUUUUAUAUGUUAUUCAUAUAUCCAGGCCAUGUCUAUUUUGGAGUUGCAAGAUAAUCAAAUAAUAAGUCUCUAUUUUUCCCGCACUAACCUGCCAAGUAAAACAUUUGCAUGUCCAUAAAAAAUGUGCAGAUUUAGAAUAUUUGUCCAUACAUUUUUAGUUUUUUGAGUUGGAAACCCUGACUGAGACAUGUUGUGAGAAGUGGUGAUUCACGGGGUGUAGAUGAUUUGGACUUACUAGAAAGAGCUGAAGACUUUGAGAGAAAUUAUUCCAGGAGAAGUGCAAACUGCAUUUCAGUGUCUUCAAUUGUUGGUGCCAUUGGCAGAGUCUUUUCCGAACUCUGCAAUGGCGCACAAAAUAAUGUUGACGUUGCGCGCACCCAUAACAAGUCCAUCAAGAAGUUUUUAAAAAUUAAAUUUAAUAAAGAACUUAUUUGAGAUCAUCAAUUUCUCAAGUAUGAUGGAAUGGAUUGUCAACAUUGUCAAUUGAACGAGAUAUUGUUACCACCAUUCUAAUUUUUUUCUGUUUAAUUAGCUGCCCAAUUACUGACUGAAAAUUAUUAUUUUACAGAGCUAGUCAACUUGUAUUUUGGGAAUUUCAUUUUGAUAACCAUGAGAUUAGCAGCAACUGAACCAAGAUGAGUAAUUCAUCUCAGGGCAAUUGAACUGUUACAAUUUUAAAAAAAAAAGAUAUUAUGGAAACUAAGGGAGUAAACAAAAUAGUCGGUAUGACAUGUCAGACCUGUUUACCCUCAAACUCUUAAAAUCGUACAAUGUAAUCACAAACUUGUUCAAUACCUUAUAUUUAUAGUAAAAAGUAAACAUACAGUAUAUAUAAUGUAUACACCUCAAAAUCGUACAUUGUACGCCAAAAUCGUAAGAGUAAACAGGUCUGACAUGUCCAAUCAUGACCAGUAAGUCCCAUUAUUACAAUGACAUGGCUUAAUAUCAUAUUGCAUGGGUAAAUAAUGUCAAUGCCCCCCCCCCCCUAUCACCAACCCACCUAACCUCAACUUUAACCUGCCCUUCCCCUUCCUUAAUUCGUAUGGCAUUCAAAUUUGACCUGUAAACUACAAAUAAAUAAAAUAGAAAUCUAAAACAUUUCAUAUGAGGAGUUCUAAAUCUUUACAGAGUUCAUUUUCAUACAAGGAGUCCCUAAUCUCUACAACAAACCAUUUUAUAUUUGAGAUUCACCAUCUGUACCAAGCACCAAUUCAUGUCAUUGGGGAUUUGAAAAAGAUUUAGAGCUCCCUUAUGGAAAAAAAAAGACAAAUAGGAUAAACAGAGAUUAUUUAUUAAUUUUAUGUGUCAAAAUUUCAAUAUAAAACCUAUUUUUUCCAAUGAAAGAGGAAUCAUGGUGAUGCCAGGGGUGGUGCAUAUUUAGCUGUGCACCUGAGGAGAGCUGACUUUGCUAAGGUGAGGGAGAAAGAUGUGCCAUCUCUGAAAUAUGCAGCCAAGCAGAUCAAAAAGUUAUCCAAACAGCAAGAACUGAAGCACAUUUUUGUUGCCACUGAUGCUCCCUUGGAAGGUAAAUACCCCUGAUCAUUUUUUUUCUUUUUUUUGCUUUAUAGUAUAGAUAAAUGAUAUAAUUUUUUUCAGUGCUACAAUAUUCAGGUUUUGAUAUACAUUAUCUAAACAAACUGUAAUGUUACAUUGAUUUUACUAAUUUGGUUUAUAUAAUAAGCUCUAAACUGGAGAUAAGGCAUGCAAGAAAGUCAUAAACUUGACAAAAAGAGUCCACUAAAAAUUGCCAAAAAGUUUAUAGUAGUGCUAUUUAAAAUUUUCAUGAAAUAAGCAGAUUUUAUUAUUUAUAAGAAGAUAUUAUUUUAAGUUAGAAAACUUGCACAGAAAGCUCAAAGUGAUAGGAUCCAACUCAAACAAAGCUGAUGGAACAACUUAAUGAAAAUGUUUCAUUGCUUACCCAGCAUUGACCUCUCUUCUCCCUUAAGCAGCUAAAUUGAUGCAUAUUUUCUAUUCAGCUUCAACUCUAAGAACAUUUUUCUCUUACAAAACUUUUUAUUUACAAAUCACCGUUGAACAUAUAGUUAUAUCUAACAAUUAAACGUAAGAAAUAAAUUAAAUUAAAAUUUCAGAAUAUAAUGAACUGAAAAAGUAUUUAAAAGACUAUAAGGUGCACCGGUAUGAACCUUCUUUCGAAGUCAAAAAGAAAUACAAAGAUGGAGCUGUUGCCAUUAUUGAUCAGUGGAUUUGUGCUCAUGCAAGGUCAGUCAUUAAACCAAUCGGUGUUUAGUGGCCAGGUCAACAUGCCAGAGGGGAAACAAAUUUUUAAAAAAUAAAUUAUAUUGAAAUGACAUUUUAAAAAUGAUGCUUUACAUUGCUUUAAACAUGAAUCUUUUUCAAAGUUGCAUUGAAAGUAUUGAAAUAAAUGUUCUGCUUUGUUGAAAAAACACCAUUGUCAAGUAGAUCACACCAAUGAUUUUAAAAUGAGAUAAGUUCUUGAUCACUUUAAGUUAACUACAUUUGAAAGGGUGUUGAUAUGUUUGGCAAUAAAUAUCACCAACAUUUGUCAGUUUUUACAAGUUAUCGCAAUUAAAUCUAAUUUAUAUACUUAUGUUGACAACUUGCUUCUAUUUUAGAUUUUUGUGUGUGUCCUGUUUAAACAUCUUAUUGUUUAUUUGCUAGAUACUUUGUUGGCACUAAAGAGUCCACAUUCUCAUUUCGGAUUCAAGACGAGAGGGAAAUUCUUGGCUUUAGUCCAGACACUACAUUCAAUCGACUGUGCCACGAAAAGGACAAAACUUGUGAGCAGCCCACAAGAUGGCUGAUUAGUUAUUCAUGACCCAGUUUGACGUAGGGAUUUACCUAAUAUAAUUAAUAAUCAGAGGGCAUUGAAUGGUUUGAUUUGAGAAAUUAAUAUAUUCAAAUAAAUAGUGAUUCCAUUGAAGUAGAUAAAUAGCAGCCAUAUUAGCGAGGUAAGGAUAUAAUUGGUUUGCUUUGAAAAAUUAAUGUAUUAAAAUAAAUAGUGAUUCCAUUGAAGUAGAUAAAUAGUAGCCAUAUUAGCAAGGUAAGGAUAUAAUUGGUUUGCUUUGAGAAAUUAAUGUAUUCAAAUGAAUAGUGAUUCCAUUGAAGUAGAUAAAUAGCAGCAUUAUUAGCGAGGUAAGGAUAAAAUUGGUUUGCUCUUGGGGAAGAAUUCAUUUUUUUUUUCAAGCUUGUAGUAACACACUUUAAUGACAGAGGAUUUGUAAACAGAGGUAUUAAGCAGUCCUUGUAAUAGUUACCUCUCUCGCCUUAGAAAAUAUAAAAAUAUGAAUACCAUUCUUGUAGCUUUUGGUAAGCCAGUUGGCAUACAAUGAGUUGAACUCUUUAAAAAUGAAAGUUACUGUGUCGUCUUUGUUGUGCUCUGAUAAAACACUACCUGAAAUAACAGCUAUAUCAAUAUUUAAUAAGUAAUUGUUUUUAUUAACAAUAAGGUGAGUCGCGAUGGCUGUAAUAUUAUAUUCAUGCAGUUAAGUUGAAUAAUUGUCUCCAUGGGUAUAAAAGAAGUUGGCAGUGCUGGCAAUCUAAUGUAAGAAAUUUAAAUAGCUUGAUUUUGCGGUUAAAUUAAUAAUCAGUUUACUGAGAGGAUGACAAUAUUUUAUCAUCACAACCUCUAAUGAUACAAAAUAUGAACAAAAUCGCUCAACACUUCCUCCGAUAGCAGAAAUGGGUUUAUUUAUUUAACACUCAUUUUUGUUUAAGUGUCAAUUAUAAAUCAUUUAUUCAUUUAUUGCACUUUAUUAUUAAAAUGAAUAUUUGAGAGAUAUUUAUUCAUUUAUUGCACUUUAUUAUUACAAUGAAUAUUUGAAAGAUCAAUACCACAAAUAUUAAAGCAAUAAUCUCAGUUUACAUUUUAUUGUUUUGUUUCAAAUGCAAAAUGUAUGUUAUUUAAAAAUUGUGCACAAUGUUCUGUUUUACUUCUGGGUGUGGAGUAUGUACAGUAUUAUGAAGAUUUUAUCACAAAUUUGUUAUGUGCAAUUUUACAUCUGUACUUGAAGCAUGCUUAUGUGUUCAUUCAUACCCAAGCAUGUAAAAUAUGACUGUUAGCUUAUCACAUGCUGCCUCUGCCAAAGAUCAAUCACCUGAGUUAAUAAAUAUUUAUUUCUUAUAGUUAUAGUAAUAAAGUAUUCAUGUGUCCUUUUUUUACUUCACUUGUACUUAAUUUAUGUAAAAAGAGAAUAGAUCCUUAUUUUUGUGCAAUUCUGCAGUUAUCUUUGCACUGGAGAAUGAUGUAUUACUCUAUGAUGUAUUAUUCUAUCAAUAAGCAACAGCUUUCUUUUUAAAACAAUAAAUUGAUUAUUUAUUGUACAUGUGUUCAUCCCACUUAAAUAGAAAAUUUUUAAAACGUAGUAUGAUUUUCAAAAAAAAUAAAAUGAGUUUUUUUUAUCUUUGCCUAAUUUUCCUUUCUGUCAUUUUUUAACUUAUGUGCCACUCCUUAAGUUGCUAAUCCUUUGUAUAAGAUUCAUUGUUUGGGUUUUGUUUUGUUUUUGGACACAGUUUGAUGAAAGAUUAAAAUGACUUAAAAUGAACCCCCAAA